GUUACAGUGGGCUGGAGGGCUCCAGCAGGACUUUUCAAGUACUGUGCCAGGAUACUCUUUUUUCAUCUAAAUCUUGGCCAAGUGAGCUGAAUGAACCAGGACACUGUUUUCUCUGUUGACAAGCUUGCAAGUGGGCUGACGAGUGUCCAUACCACCUGUGAGCUGUUAAAACUGCUCCACUUCUGUGUUCAUCAGAGUACAGCUCCAUAGACCGUGCAGCAUUUGCUUUGGAUCACAGCCAGUGAGGCAGAAAUGUUGAGCUUCCCUGGGGGUGCUGAUGGGGUGUGAGGAAAAGAAAGGAAAGGAAAUCUGUUACGUUUACAAACCAGUCACAGUGAAGAAUGUCACAUGUUUGGAGCUGCAGGGAAGGGACUUUGUCUCUUCCAGAGGCGUUUUCAUGGUGCACUGGCAGCUCCAAAGCUCUGACCGAAAGACAACUUAUCUCCAAGAAAGUGUUAGCUGAGCUGUUUCGCUGAAUGAAUCCAAGCAACUCUGUUACAUUCUGAAAUGAACUGUGGACCUUGCAAGAGCAUUUCAAGUCUACUUUAAUGUAUGAAAUCCCAUUUUGAAACACCAUGUCAAAUGAAGCCAGUUCGGGGCAAAAGCUUUCUACAACAACAGUCAGUUCAGUAGCUGUUCAAGCUGGGGAUGCCAGUAUUGUUAUAGCUGUACUUAAGUGUGGAAAAUGGGUGAAGCUUCAGCUGGCUGAAUCUACACCAAAUUUAUUGGAAAUUGGCAGCAACCAAGAUGAGACAAAAAAGCUCCUGCAAGAUCAUGAAUACCUCCUAGCUAAACUUAAGGCUUUGGAAGACCAGGUAUGGGACCUGCUGAAUGAAGCAGACAAGGCUGCAGAGGAGAACAAAGAGAAGAGUCAGGUUUAUGAUGCCAUGGCAGAGACCCUUGGGGAUGCAUGGGAUGCCCUCAUCAUUAUGUUAGAGAAGAGACAGGCACUUCUGGAACUUACUUCAGUGUUCUUUGAAAAUGCUCUGGAGUUUGCUGUUAAAAUUGACCAAGUUGAAGAUUUCCUGAAAAAUGCCCAAGAGUUUGACAAUAUUGACUCUUUAAGUGACCUCCUUCUGCAACAAGAGCAUCAUACAAAAGAGCUUUUGGAAAAGUCACUUGCACUUUUAAACAAAAGCCAAGAGCUAACUGAAUUCAUAGAAAAAUUCAAACAUGAGGGGCCAAAUGUAAAUCCAGAGCUGAUCCAGGGAGCCCACAGCAGCUGUUUGAAAAUUGACAAUCUCCUUGAAAUGCUGCAAGACAGGAGACGGCAACUGGACAAAUUUCUUAAACAUCAGCGCCAAGGACUGGAGCAGGUUCUGCAAAUUUGUUUGUGGCACCAACAAGAGAACCAGGUAAUAUCCUGGUACAAGAAAAACAUCAGGGGUUAUUUUCACAAGCAAAACUUAGGCUCAUCUCUAUUGGAAAAUGAAGAGUUACUUCAAGAGCUUGAAGAAAUGGAAGUCAAAGUGAAAGAAUGGAAUUCCACUGUGGAACAGCUGACAGCUGAAGCACAUAAGAUUUUGCUUUCAGAGGACUAUACAGAAAAAGAACAUCUUAAGCUUUCAAAUCAGAAAAUCUGUCUGUUACAAGAAGAAGUGUGCUUCCAUAUGGAAGGAAGGAAAGCCCUGCUACAAGAGGCCAAUGACUUUUUUCACUCUGCUGGCAAGGUACUUGAUGGUCUGGAAGGUAUUGACAAUUAUCUUAAAAUAUUUAAUUCAGAAGGCUUACAUUUACCUAUCUUGACAAUGAAGUAUGAAGAACUACAAGAAGCAAUUAAAGGCUGCACAGCAACUGCCUUGCAGAAGGGAAAAACCUUACUUAAUAAAGCAGAUUCUCACAGCUCCUGGGUGACAGGAAUUCAGAAAAUGAUGGAAUAUGUUAAAGAAAAAGUAGAUCAAUUGAUCAAGCAGGGUCCAGAUUAUAAAGAACUUACUUUGGAGAAACAACAAUGGACUGCCUCUCUUGAAGAUCAUCUAAAUAAGGUAUCACAGUCGAUUAAAAAAAUCACCCCAAUGCUUGCAGUUGGUAUGGAGAUUGGCUCAUAUCUGUCUGAAUCGGAAAGGGUUUUGGAGAAGCACCUUGAACUGGCUGAACAAAUGAAGGAAACAUCACAUGAACUGGAAGCAGCCGAGAGAAUCAUCGAAGAUAUGGAAGAGUUUGAACCUGAGCAGGUGGCAGCUUUUUCUAGCAGAGCUGACUUUCUAAAUGAAGAACUGAAAAAAAUUGAAAAAAGUAUUAGUUCAAGACUAGAAAUUCUAGAAACCUACGUGUCCUUUCUAAAGCUGACUAUGGAGAUAAAUGAUGAUAUUCAAACUCUGAAGGAAUUCUAUAAAUUAGAACCAUCACAAACAAACAAGGAGGCUGAAAAUAAAAUUGCAAUGGAGACAGCUAACAGUCAGUGGGAAAAGACUAUAAAAAAGAUUUUUUCCAUCCAAGACAUGGGUUGCAGGUUUCUUAAUUUAAUAAAAAUGGUAAAUAAGAGUUUAAUAUUAAAAGUAGAAAAAUCUGUACGAGUAACAGAAGAUGUCAUUGUUAAUCUGAGUAAAGAAAAGAAAGAACUGACUGAUCUUUGGGCAAUCUGGAAUUUUAAAAUUACUCAAGUAAAACCCAUCAAGCAACAGCACCAGAUAUUUAAAGAGCAGCUGAAAACUACUACCCAUGGAUUAGAGAUUCUUCAAGAGGCACUUCAGCUUGCAGUAACAGUUGACCUUGGAAAUGACCCUUUUAUUGUUUUGGAACUACAAAAAAAGCUUCACCAAAUGAAACCACAGCAUCAGCAACUGAAUGCUGAGCUUGAGUACCUGACAAAAUUAUUAGAAUUGCCAAGUCAGAAAGGAUUUCCUGUGAAAGAGAAUUCUGAGAGAAUAAGUGAGCUUAUUCAUUUCCAUCAAACUCUAAAGGACACCAUGACAGAAUAUGAAGAGAUUUUCAACAAGACAGUCAAGUUCCAUCACAUUAAAAAAGAACUGGAAUGUCUAUCAAAAUUAGGAGAACUGGAUGUUCCUGAAACAUGUGAGGCCCCUGAAAAUGUGCAUCAUGCUAAAGCCUGCCUUGUGAAUGCUCAGGAGAAACAUGCACAGAUCAGACAGCUAUACAAACUACUUAUUACCCAGGGAGUGGAUAUCCUGUCUGCAGUGCAGCAACCUAAUUGCUUGAAUGUUUCUGUAAAGAAUCUGAAGCAAGAACUUGCUAGAUUUGAGUGUGAUAGCAUUGACUGGCGCUCCAAAGCUGAUAAGUAUGAGGAAGAGCUCUCAAAGCAGUUCCAGCACUGCACCACUCAAGAAGAGAUAAAUGAGCUCAGAGAAUCAUUUAAGGAUCUCAAAAAAAAAUUUAACAAUUUGAAGUUUAACUAUACGAAGAAAGCUGAAAAAGCUCGAAAUCUGAAAGUACUUAAAAUACAGAUUCAGCAAGUUGAGAUAUAUGCAGAUAAAAUACAGAUUCUUAAAAAGAAGAUGGAAAAUUUAGAGAAGAAAGUAAUUGGCUCUGUAGCCAAUGAACUUAAUACUAGAGUCCUCUUGGGGUCAAUUAGUGACUUACAAAACCAGCUGAGUAACUUUACUAAAGUUGUGGAGGAUUACAAGCAAAAUCUGGAUCUCAUGGAGCAUCUGCAACAGAUGAUGGAUGAGUGUCAAUUUUGGUUUGAAGAUGUGAGUGCAACAGUCAUUAGAGUUGGCAAGUAUUCUGCAGAGUGCGAAACAAGAGAAGCAAUAGAGACUCUCUACAAGCAAUUCAAUAAGUUUAUUGAGCCUGCAGUGCCUCAACAGGAAAUAAAAAUUCAGCAGAUUACAGACCUUGCUAAGCAGUUAUAUGGUAUUGAAGAAGGAAAGAAGUAUGUUGAAAAAGCCAUAUUAAAGUACAAAGAAAUCAUUAAUUCUAUUGAUGAGUUGUGUAGGUCUUUGAGGGAACUUAAGGAGAUUAAGAAAGGUGGAUUUUCUGAGGAGUUGGUUACUUUUCAAAAAGAAGAAAGAAAUGGUCAAGAAGCUGGUGAGGCUGUUAUUAAAGAAAAAGCAGAGGAACAAAAGCAGCAGGACAGGAAUAAAUUGGCUGAUAUUCUAAUUAUCUGUCCAGCUGGCGAGGAUCUUGUUUCACAGGAUACAGUGCUGUCAUCUUCAGCCAAAGAGGAUAGUUUACAGACUGCAUUCCUGGCAGAAGAAAUACCCUCCGGAGAUGAAUAUGAGUACACCACCAGAAGCUGCCAGAGGCAGAUGGCCACCCGAGAAGAGAUUAAAAGUUCAUCAGAAAAGAACAGCAUGGCCAGCCUAACUGGACAGGCGCCUAGCUUCUCCCGGCUUCUGUCUAACAAAACUGUCACGGAAGGUUCUCCAGUAACUUUGGAAGUAGAAGUAACGGGAUUCCCAGAGCCUACACUGACAUGGUACAAGAAGGGCCAGAAACUGACUGCAGAUGAACACUUAAAGCUUUUGCAAAAGGAGACAAAACAUACUUUGUUCAUUCAGAAGGUGUGUGAUAAAGAUGCUGGCCUUUAUGUUGUUCGGGCUAAAAAUUUGAACGGCACUAUCUCUUCAAGUGCCAUUCUCCACGUGAAAGAGAAAAAUAAACCCCCAGAAAUCUCCACUGUAACUCUGGCUAAAUCAGAAUGGGAAGAUGAAUACUUUUCAGAAGAAAUUAAUGCCACCACAGCUGAGGUUCUACAAACCCAUGACACACAUUCUGUGCAAAAUCAAAGGCCAGUGGCUAAACAUCUCCCAGUAAGGUUUAAAGAGAAACUUUGGCUUCAAGGUGUGUAUCUUGAAUUUGAGAGGCUACAAGAGAUUAUCUUCAGUUUGGGACAUGAUCCUGCUCUUCUGCCUCCUGCAAAGGGUCAGAAGAUGGACUGAACUGCAAGAUGCCUGAUUAAUGAAGGUGUUCAUGUUGUUUGCUCUGUCCAGUAGUAGAUAUUGGCCGUGGAUGAGGAGAUGAAUCUUUGAGUGCUAUUUGAUUUACAUCUAACUUAUAAUCUGUAUUCGGUUUCUUUACAAAUAAAUCAUUAAUAAAAUUUACCUGUGCACAGCA